UCGUCCUUAACCACAACAACUAGAACUCCACCUCGGUCGAGCUCCGGCGGUAAAAUUCAUGGCUACAUCUGCAGUGCAGCACUCGGCAUUCGCCGGCCAGACCGUGCUCCGGCAGCAGAGCGAGCUAGCGCGCAAGGCUGGCGCCGCCAACAAAGGCCGGUUCUACAUGCGCCGCACCGUCGCCAGCGCUCCCAAGAGCAUCUGGUAUGGGCCAGACAGGCCCAAGUACUUGGGCCCGUUUUCGGAGCAGACGCCCUCGUACCUGACAGGGGAGUUCCCCGGCGACUACGGCUGGGACACCGCCGGCCUCUCCGCGGACCCAGAGACCUUCGCCAAGAACCGCGAGCUGGAGGUGAUCCACUGCCGGUGGGCCAUGAUGGGCGCCCUCGGAUGCGUCUUCCCGGAGAUCCUCUCCAAGAACGGGGUCAAGUUCGGCGAGGCGGUGUGGUUCAAGGCGGGGUCGCAGAUCUUCUCGGAGGGCGGACUGGACUAUCUGGGAAACCCUAAUUUGGUGCACGCGCAGAGCAUCCUCGCGAUCUGGGCCUCGCAGGUGGUGCUGAUGGGGCUGGCGGAGGGGUACCGCGUGGGCGGCGGUCCGCUGGGGGAGGGGCUCGACCCCAUCUACCCCGGCGGCGCCUUCGACCCGCUGGGCCUGGCUGACGACCCGGACGCGUUCGCGGAGCUGAAGGUGAAGGAGGUCAAGAACGGGAGGCUGGCGAUGUUCUCCAUGUUCGGGUUCUUCGUGCAGGCGAUCGUGACGGGGAAGGGGCCGAUCGAGAACCUCCUCGAUCACAUCGCCGAUCCCGUCAACAACAACGCCUGGGCGUACGCCACCAAUUUCGUCCCCGGCAAGUGAGAGGGUCGAUUAGGUUUCGCCUGCGUCGCUCGCUCGCUCGCUCGCUCGCUGCUUCCCCUUUCUAGUCUUCAAUUUCUUCUACUCGUCCGUGUAACAGUGUGCCGAUGGAACAGAAGUAUAUAACGCCGUUUUAUA